AUGGAUGUCGACAUUCUCACCCUAUACGGACCUGGGAUGUCCUUUUAUCGGUCGCAGAUUCAGUUGUCGUCUUCGAAAGAGAAUGGUAUAGUAGGAAGGGCAAAACUGUCAUCACUUUCGGCACCAGUGCUAAUGUCUACCCAGAGAUACACCUCGGCUCUUGAGUCGUUGAAGGCCAGCAAUCAGAACCUGGACUAUAAAAUGAGCACGCUACGCUCCAAUGUAUUCAGACUCAAGUCCGACUUGUCGAAGCUUCAGCGCCACGUCAAGGCGUUUCAUAAUGAGCUUCUGACCACAUGGCAGGCUGACACGCUGACCCGGUUGGUUGAAGUUGUCUACGAGCGACAAAAUUGGAAGUUACCAGGAGGGGCUGCUGUCGGUGAUCACAUCCAUUUGAGCCGCGAGAGACAGUCACGCAUAUUGGCCACGGCUGCGAGGAGGAUCAGAAAGCCGAUACUGAGAAAGAAUUUUGGGCUCUCGGUGCAGUACUACUCGGCUCUACAGAGAUACGACGAGGUGAGUGGUCAAUCCCGUCGGGAUUUAGCAGACCGGGCUCUGAUGUCAGCAGAUUGUCCACCUGCGCAGUACGAAUGCUUUUCGGACGGAAUGCACAUUUGCUCGAAGACUAGUUUCAGAAAAGGAGAAUCAUUGGGGCAUGUAUCGAUUUUGGGGGGCGCUGUUUCCCCUAUGCUAUAG